AAUCAGGAACCCUUCUCUCUACGCUACUAAACUUUGUUGAAACCAUGUCUCCAUCCUUCAAUACCUUCUGGUCUAUUCCAGGUGUUCUGCUUAUCAUAGGUGCUAUUUCCAGUAGUCAAGCUCACAUAACCUUGUCUCCUAAAUUUGGUGAGCCAGGUCAAGACGUCACCACCGCUUUUCAUGUACCUCAUGGUUGUAAUGGCUCCUCGACAAUAGGCAUAUCUGUAACCUUGCCUCAGCAAAAUCUUGGACAUAUUGUACCUCAAACAGUUACUGACUGGAUUCUAACUAUGACAUAUACAGACAGUACGAACACUACCCUUAAGACAGUCGAAUGGACGGGCGGUGUUCUCAAACCAACAGACGCUUUGGAUUUUCCUAUUCGUUUCUCCGUGCCUCAAGUUGAUCUAUCUUCUCAAUCCAACGUCACUCUUUACUUUCCCGUUCAUCAAACUUGUGAGGUUGGGUCCACUGAUUGGAAUGCUACUGGUGGUCAAAAGGGCGAGCCAGCCCCUACAUUCGUAAUUGUAAAAAACGCUACACAAGCUGCUGCUGAUGCAAUAACCAUAAAGAAAAAUAGUACAACUUCCAUCUCUUCCUCCUCUUCCACGGCUUCCAGCAGUGCCAGUAGUCCCACUGCCGCUACUAGCUUUGCUAAUACAGUUAAUGCCAAUGGUGUAUCUGCGGUUUUUGCCUCAUUGGUAGCUGCUAUUGUACUCUCUAUUGCUUUGUAGUCCUUACCAUUUAGAAUAGAUGCAAUCGUGUUUGAACUUUUAUCAUCGUCCCUCUAGUAUAAUAAAAUGCUUCUGUGAUUGACAACCUGAAAAAUAUAGCGGUUGAUAGCCGUUGGUGAGGCAUCUAUUACCGCUUUUACCUUGCUAUUCUGUGAUUUUACGUUGAGGAGAAGAGAAAAGCUCUACUCAUCUUCAUCGGCUACUAUUUAGCGAUUCAGAAGAACUUAU